GUUUACGAUUAACGUGAUCCAAAGAUCAUGACCAUUUGUAGUUCAGUAGCGCUGAGGCACGCCCUCUCGUUGAAUGUUAUUGGUUUGAUCAAAGAAAAGUAGCGGUAAUGGUUUAAUUGACAGCGUUAAAUGGUGAUAUGGCGGGUAAGCAGGUGAGAGCAUUGUACGCAUUCGAUGGAGAGCCUGGCACAGCAGAACUUUCAAUUGAACCAGGAGAAGUACUAUAUGUCACUCGAGAAGAUGUUGGAGAAGGCUGGUGGGAAGGCCAGAACCACAAAGGAGACAUUGGACUUUUCCCAGCAGCUUAUGUUGAGGAGGUAAAAGCUAGUCAGCCACCAUCUGAGCCACCACCACCACUCCCAGAAGGAUUUGGAGAUGCACCACAGGUACCAGCUGUGUCAGACUGGGGAGUGGAUCAUAAUGCUUGGGGACCACAAACGGGGGAAACUGCAGCAAAUCAGUCAUUUGAAGGAAAUGAUUACUGGGAUGAUGAGUGGGAUGAUGACUCGGAAGGCGGUGGAACUCAAUCGGGUGGGCCGCCUAAUGCACCCUCAACUCAUAUACACAAAGUGGGAAGUGCUGGGGAUAUUAGUUCAAUGGGUAAAAUGGAUAAUAAGGGCACUGUGGGAAGAAAAAAUUUCAACAGAUUUACUACCUUUGUUAAAUCUGGUGGAGAGAGCUACAUUCUUGGCACAGUAAAGGUGUCGGUGCCAGACACAGACAGGGUCUUCAUAUAUGAAACAGAAGAUGGAGUAAUGUGGAACCCUAUUAAGGAGAGGUACAAUUGCCAAGUAGCAUCACCUAAAAAAGAAUCAAAACUCAAGGGCUUGAAAAGUUUUAUUGCUUAUCAGCUAACACCUUCUUUCAACAACAUCCAGGUUUCUAGACGGUACAAACACUUCGAUUGGUUGCACGAGCGAUUGGAGGAAAAAUUCAGUUUGAUACCAAUUCCACCUCUGCCAGAUAAACAGAUUUCAGGAAGAUAUGAAGAACAGUUUAUUGAGCACAGGAGAGUCCAGUUACAAAACUUUGUAAACUGUAUAUGCAGGCAUCCAGUCCUCUCACAGUGUGAAGUGUGGCAACAUUUUAUUACCUGCACUGACGAGAAAAGAUGGAAAACAGGAAAGAGGAAAGCAGAGAAAGAUGAACUAGUAGGUGCAAAUUACUUUAUGGCAUUGCAGGCACCAGAGCGAAAUCUUGACAUUCCAUGGCUGGAACAAGAAAUGGAAAGUUUUGCAAAGUUUAUUCAUGGCAUGGAUGUUGCUGUGAAAAACUUAAUGAACACUGCAACAGACCAGACAAAGAAGCAUCAGGGUCCAUACAAACGUGAAUAUCAGAGAGUUGGGCAGGCAUUUCUUAUGCUGGCAAAUGCUUUUGACAUGGAUACAGAAAGUCCUCGAGCAAGUCUUACGGUAGCUGUGAGACGCACUGGUGAUACCUACCAUGAUAUUGGCAAGCUUUAUGAAGAACAGCCUAAAUUGGACUGGGAACCACUUGCAGAUACACUUCACAUAUAUAAAGGGAUGAUAUCGUCUUUCCCAGAUAUUUUGACUGUACACAGAGGUGCCCUCCAAAAACGGAAGGAAUGUGAGAAGCUUGCAAGUGACCACAAAAUGGAUCAGACCCAGUUGAAAGAAGUUAUUAGACGUACAGAUGUCGUUUCUUAUGCCCUUCUUGCUGAGGUGUCCCAUUUCCAUAGUGAAAGGGUUAUUGAUUUUAAAUGUGCAAUGCAGAAGUACUUGACAGAACAAAUAAAAUUUUACCAAGAGAUAAUUGGUAAACUGCAAGAAGCAUUGUCAAUGUAUGAAAAUUAAUCACAUUCUUGGAAAACGUAAUUUCCAUAGAAGUGUUUCCUGUGACGGCAGUUAUUAAAAAAAUUAGCUAAAUCUUUUGUAACGUACUUUGUAAAACAAGAAAGUUGGUAUAUUCACUAUCAUGUAUGUUUGAAUGAGACAGUUUGAAUACAUUGUAUUGAAUCUGAUUGUGUGAGACAUUUAUGUUGAACUUUUACUUUGUUCUAGUCUGUAAAUUGUGAAGAUAGUACUCUUAGAUUUAAACUGUAAACUGAAGGCACCAAUAAUGCUAUAAAUAGAUAUAAAUUGUUGUAAAUUAUAAGUUACUGUUGUAUGCAUCUGCUGAUUAAUGAAUUAUUAAUUUUUUGUAGUGAAACUGAUUUUUUUGUAAUUCAUCAACCAGAGUACUGCCAUAAUCAUGUCGUGCAAAGAUAUUUAUGUAUUUUGAGGAAAUAGUUAACUAGAAAUAAUUUAUAAUCAUCAUCAAUCACCCUCCCAUCAUCAUCAUCAUCAUCAUCAUCAUCAAUCACCCUCCUCAUAAUCAUACUCAGUGACUGUGAUGUAAGUGGUAAUGUAAAGUCAUUUUUUUACCUACAAAACAGUCUUAAUAUUUUAAAUGCAGCUUUCAAUCAGUACAUUCCCACGAUUAUUUUAAACUUAAGAAAUAGCAAUUUUAAGUUGCUAAAAGUAUUGUUUAUCUUCCUGAGUUUAUAGUAUUGUUUUCCAGAAGCGUAUUCUGUUCCCAUCACUGUAUCAAUUAUUAUUUCAUAACCAUUACUAAAAUUGUAAUAAUGUCAGGUAUUUCUUGUAACUUCCAUUCUAUUGAAAUAUAAAUUUGAAUUCAUCACCUUUCUUGCUAGAUAAUAGAGGAAACGAUGUUCCUUUACAGAGCUGUGCUUAUAAAAUAUGAUGAUAGUUCAACAUUGAUAUCUUAUGUGAUAUCAGUUGUUGUGGACUGAUGUCAGUUUCCGUCAGUGUUUCAUUGUGAUGAGCCACCAUAUUUUUUAGCACAAUAAGAAUUACAUUGUAAUAUUUUGAUGUUUCUAGUGGUUUUGUUACUGUAAGGUUAUAAAUGUAAAUAUAGCUUAAGUGAUUGUAUGAACUCAUUGCUGCCACAGAAGCUUGCUCUGUUGACAUUGUUGUACUUGUUAUGGAGGAAUAUUAAUUUUGUAGUUGGUACCUUUAUGUGAAAGACUGUGAAUGGAGCUAUAAAAUUUUCA